AUGGCUUCGAAGUUUUCAGAGGAGGAUUUCUCCUGUCCUGUGUGCUGUGAAAUCUUCAAGGAUCCUGUUCUUCUGCACUGCAGUCACAGUGUGUGUAAAGUGUGUUUGCAGCAGUUCUGGGAGACCAAAGGAUCCAAAGAAUGGCCUGUUUGUAGGAGGAAGUCAUCUGUGGCUGAGCCUCCCAUAAACCUGGCCUUAAAGAACCUGUGUGAGACUUUCUUACAGGAGAGAAAUUCAAGAAAACACGCCAACCACAAAUUCUGCCCCAUUGAUGAGGCAGUAACAGACUGUAAGGAGAAGCUCAAAACUGCACUGAAGCCCCUACAGGAGAAACUAAAGAUCUUCAAAGACUGUAAACUGAACUGGAGUCAGACUGCAGAAUAUAUAAUGAUUCAGGCCCAACACACAGAGUGGCAGAUUAAGGAGGAGUUUGAGAAGCUUCACCAGUUUCUACGAGAUGAAGAGGCAGUCAGGAUCACUGCACUGAGAGAGGAAGAGGAGCAGAAGAGUCAGAUGAUGAAAGAGAAGAUUGAGAAGCUGAGCAAAGACAUAUACUCUCUUUCAGACACAAUCAAAGCCAUAGAAGAGGAGAUGAGAGCUGAAGACAUUUCGUUCUUAGAAAACUACAAGGCCACAGUGAAAAGAGCCCAGAGCACACUGCAGCAUCCAGAGGAGCUUUCAGGAGCACUGAUCCAUGUGGCAAAACAUCUGGCCAACCUGCAGUUCAGUGUCUGGGAGAAGAUGCAGUACAACUGUUCAGUGUUUGAAGUGUGA